GUUACCGCGCAGAUAUCGCGAGGCGAUUGGUAGCCGGGGGAGGGCUGCGCCGUGGCCCUGCCUUUCCGGAGCGCGGGCGCGCGGUGGCGGGAAUUUCGCCUGUUUGCGGUUUAGACCCCACAGAUUCCUAGUGGUGGUAUGGGUCACAGGAGGUAGAUUUCGGCAGUUGGAAGUGUGAGCAGGAAUUUCUUCACACCUUCUCUUUGGAGCCCUUAAUGAUACGACGAACCCCAAACAUUUCAGAACAUGAAGUAAACAAUGGAGAACUGUUCUGCCGCAUCGACGUUCCUGACUGACAGUUUAGAGCUGGAGCUGGGGACAGAAUGGUGCAAACCUCCUUACUUUUCUUGUGCUGUUGACAACAGAGGAGGAGGAAAACAUUUUUCUGGAGAAUCCUACCUCUGCAGCGGAGCCCUUAAGCGAUUGAUUUUGAAUCUUGAUCCUUUACCAACUAAUUUUGAAGAAGACACCUUAGAAAUAUUUGGCAUUCAGUGGGUCACUGAAACAGCAUUAGUGAAUUCAUCUAGAGAACUCUUUCAUUUAUUCAGGCAACAACUAUACAACUUGGAAACCUUGUUACAGUCCAGUUGUGAUUUUGGGAAGGUAUCAACUCUGCACUGCAAAGCAGACAAUAUUAGACAGCAGUGUGUACUAUUUCUCCAUUAUGUUAAAGUUUUCAUCUUCAGGUAUCUGAAAGUACAGAAUGCUGAGAGUCAUGUUCCUGUCCAUCCUUAUGAGGCUUUGGAGGCUCAACUUCCCUCAGUGUUGAUUGAUGAGCUUCAUGGAUUACUCUUGUAUAUUGGACACCUAUCUGAACUUCCCAGUAUUAAUAUAGGAGCAUUUGUAAAUCAAAACCAGAUUAAGCUUUUUCCACCAUCAUGGCAUUUAUUACAUCUCCACUUGGAUAUACAUUGGCUGGUGCUAGAAAUUCUUUACAUGCUGGGUGAAAAAUUGAAACAAGUUGUAUAUGGUCAUCAGUUUAUGAAUCUGGCAAGUGACAGUUUAACCAAUGUCAGCCUGUUUGAAGAACAUUGUGAAACUCUGCUUUGUGAUUUAAUAAGCCUGUCACUCAACAGGUAUGACAAGGUGAGGCCUUCUGAAUCAUUAAUGAGUGACCAGUGUCCAUGUUUAUGCAUUAAAGAAUUAUGGGUUCUACUUAUUCAUCUUCUAGACCACAGAAGUAAAUGGUCUGUCUCAGAAUCAUUUUGGAACUGGUUGAAUAAACUACUUAAAACACUGCUUGAAAAAUCAAGUGACGAAAGAAGACCCUCUGUGCCUGUAAUGCAGUCCAGGGAUCCAUUAGGUUUUAGUUGGUGGAUUAUUACUCAUGUAGCAUCAUUUUACCACUUUGAUCGCCAUGGAGUACCAGAUGAAAUGAGAAAAGUAGAAUCAAAUUGGAACUUUGUAGAAGAACUGCUGAAAAAGUCCAUCAGUGUUCAGGGUAGUAUUCUAGAAGAACAAUUACGAAUGUAUCUUCACUGUUGUUUGACGCUUUGUGAUUUCUGGGAGCCAAACAUUGCAAUUGUUACCAUUUUAUGGGAAUAUUAUAGUAAGAACCUGAAUAGUUCCUUCAGUAUUUCUUGGCUUCCUUUUAAAGGCCUUGCUAAUACCAUGAAGUCACCCUUGUCGAUGCUUGAAAUGGUGAAGACUUGCUGUUGCGAUAAACAAGAUCAGGAUCUGUAUAAAUCCAGCAGUAGUUAUACGAUUUUUCUUUGCAUUCUGGCAAAAGUUGUUAAGAAAGCAAUGAAGAGCAAUGGCCUUCAUCCUUGGAAACAAGUCAAAGGAAGGAUAUAUUCAAAAUUCCAUCAAAAAAGAAUGGAAGAACUAACUGAAGUUGGUCUACAGAACUUUUUUAGCCUUUUUCUACUGUUAGCAGCUGUUGCAGAGGUAGAAGAUGUUGCAAGUCAUGUUUUAGACCUCCUGAAUUUCCUCAAGCCUGCUUUUAUAACGUCUCAGAGAGCCCUCAUUUGGAAGGGUCACAUGGCCUUCCUCUUGAUGUAUGCCCAGAAAAAUGUGGACAUUGGUGUUUUGGCUGAGAAGUUUUCAUGUGCUUUCCGGGAGAAAGCAAAGGAAUUCUUGGUGUCUAAGAAUGAGGAAAUGAUACAGAGACAGACUCUCUGGACACUUCUUUCCAUAUACAUUGAUGGUGUUCAAGAAGUGUUUGAGACCAGCUAUUGCUUGUAUCCUUCCCAUGAGAAACUGCUUAAUGAUGGAUUUAGUAUGCUUCUGCGAGCAUGCCGAGAAUCUGAACUUAGGACAGUAUUGAGCUUUCUACAAGCUGUUCUGGCCAGAAUCAGGAGUAUGCAUCAACAAUUGUGUCAGGAACUUCAAAGGGACAAUGUGGACCUGUUUGUACAGUCUUCAUUAUCAGCUAAAGAGCGCCACCUUGCUGCAGUUGCCAGUGCACUGUGGAGACAUUUCUUUUCAUUUUUGAAGAGUCAGAGAAUGUCACAGGUAGUGCGUUUCUCACAACUUGCGGAUGCAGCUGCAGACUUUACUUUGCUAGCAAUGGACAUGCCAAGCACAGCUCCAUCAGAUUUUCAGCCUCAGCCAGUUAUAUCAAUUAUUCAACUUUUUGGUUGGGAUGAUAUCAUCUGCCCUCAAGUCGUAGCAAGAUAUUUAAGUCAUGUCCUACAAAAUAGCACAUUAUGUGAAGCACUUUCUCAUUCAGGCUAUGUAUCUUUUCAAGCCUUAACCAUAAGAUCAUGGAUUCGUUGUGUUUUGCAAAUGUAUAUUAAAAACCUCUCUGGGCCUGAUGAUAUGCUCAUAGAUAAAAAUCUUGAACAGGGAGUUGAAAAAGAGUACAUGGAACAGUUGGUCAAACUGACAAGAUUACUAUUUAAACUCUCAGAAGUAAAGAGUAUUUUCUCAAAGGCCCAAGUUGAAUAUUUAUCCAUCUCAGAAGACCCUAAAAAAGCACUCGUUCGAUUCUUUGAGGCUGUUGGUAUAACUUACGGGAAUCUCCAGACACUUUCUGAUAAAUCUGCCAUGGUCACAAAGUCCUUGGAAUACCUUGGUGAAGUAUUAAAAUAUAUUAAGCCUUAUUUGGGAAAAAAAGUUUUCGGUGCAGGGCUGCAGCUGACUUAUGGAAUGAUGGGAAUUCUUGUGAAAUCAUGGGCACAAAUCUUUGCCACCUCUAAAGCCCAAAAAUUACUAUUCCGGAUCAUAGAUUGUUUACUGCUUCCACAUACAGUAUUACAGCAAGAGAAGGAACUGCCUGCACCUAUGUUGUCAGCAAUUCAGAAAAGUCUUCCUUUGUAUCUCCAGGGCAUCUGUAUCGUGUGUUGUCAAUCUCAAAAUCCGAGUGCCUAUUUGAAUCAAUUGCUAGGGAAUGUUAUUGAGCAGUAUAUUGGGCGAUUUCUUCCAGCUUCACCAUAUGUUUCAGAUCUUGGACAACAUCCUGUUUUGCUGGCAUUGAGAAACACAGCCACUGUUCCGCCAAUAUCAUCUCUAAAGAAAUGCAUUGUACAAGUCAUAAGGAAAUCCUACCUUGAGUAUAAGGGAUCCUCACCUCCUCCUCGCUUAGCAUCCAUUCUGGCCUUCAUCCUCCAACUCUUCAAGGAAACUAACACAGACGUUUAUGAAGUCGAACUACUCCUCCCUGGCAUUUUAAAAUGCUUGGUGUUAGUCAGUGAACCACAAGUUAAAAGGCUGGCCACAGAGAACCUGCAAUACGUGGUAAAAGCCUGCCAAGUGGGGUCAGGAGAAGAACCUUCCGCCCAGCUGACUUCUGUGUUUAGACAGUUUAUCCAGAAUUAUGGUAUGAGGUACUAUUAUCAGGUUUACAGCAUUUUAGAAACAGUAGCAACAUUGGACCAGCAGGUUGUCAUCCACUUGAUUUCUACCCUCACUCAAUCUCUGAAGGAUUCAGAGCAGAAAUGGGGCCUUGGCAGGAAUAUAGCACAAAGGGAAGCAUAUAGCAAACUUUUGUCUCACCUUGGACAGGUGGGACAAGAUGAGAUGCAGAGACUGGAAAAUGAUAAUACUUAAUAUAUUUUGUGAUUCAUCCUGUCUAUUGAUUAUCAGUAUCUAAAGCCACAUUGUUCCACUCCAAUUCCUACUUUUAAUUAAUUGUAUAAUGUUCUGUUUAAAAUAAUUUCUAGGAUUUUUUUCCUUUUAUAUCUGUAAGUAAAAAAAAAUGUAUAAAUAAGGAACUAAAGGUUAAUUAGCAACUAUGUAAUAGGAUCCUUGGAACUUUGCAAAACUGCAUUCUACCUUGAUGAAAUUUUAAACUAAAUUAAAGAAACUUUUUCUAACUGGGAGUGUUUUCUGUGUAUGAGUAUUAAGCAGAUACUUAAGCAGAUACUUCAUCCAUGGACUUUUGUUGUAAUAUGACUUCCUACCUUUCUGCAUUGUGACUGAUUUGUCAUGUUUAUUUUUUAUUUUUAUAAUAACAGUUAUGUUUUAAAAUGAUACUUUUUCAAUAAUACAUUAUACUGGCUACCCUGUACUGUUUUUUUGGUGGGGGAAAGGUGUUGGGAAAUAUGACUGUGUAUUUGUUUUUCUUUUUUAUAUGUGUGAGGCAAGUUAAUAAAUAAAACCCUUACAAAGCACACUUAACUGUGUUAGGAAUGAGACUGAAUCUGGCUAAAGGAUUAUACAGCUGAUAUCCAAAAAAAGUGUAAACAUGCCAACAGGGUUUAUAUUUAGGUUCCAAGAGUUGCCAAAUUUUUUCUUUAUUCAUUAUUUCUUUUGAGGUUGUCAUUUUAAAAAAUCAGGAGGAGGAAAUAAAGGAGACUUUAAGAGGAGAGUAAAUAAAAAUAUUCUAGAAAAGUAAUAAUAGUAGUGGUCUGAGAAGUCAGCUGAUCUGUCUUCUUGCUCUUUAGCCAGAGCUUCUUAUAACUUAGCAUUUUAUCCAAGAAACCUGUUUAGUUUCCUUUAACAACAUUGUUUCUCAACUUUUGAACUCUUACCUCAUCCAGAUUGUUUUACCAGUUGGAUCUUGUCUUUGACUCCUUUUCAUAGUGAUCAUUAUUUGGUUGAAAGAACUCUGGUCCUAGUUUUGGGAACCCACCUGGGUCUCAAACUCAGCUUUGCUUUAUGAUCUUGAGCUAGUUACAUAACCUUUCUCAGUCUAGUUUCUUCAUGGAGAAGAAAAGAAGAAUCCCUUUACUAUUUGACAAUGUUAUUGUGAGAAUCAGUGGGAUAAAUGUGAAAACAUUUGGUGGCCCAUAUUCUGUUGGGAAAUGUACAGACAUGAUUAGUUUAUUACUCAUGCACAAUUAAGGCAAAGAACACCUCUCAAUUUUAUCUCUCUCUAAUGAUAUGUACCAGAUGAAUGAUCCCACUUUCCAAUGUUUUCUUACAUCAUAUUUUCUAACUUUGAAGUAAUUUGUUUCCUUCUUGGGAUUAUAGUCUUUAUCGUGUUUCUUACUCUUCCUUCAAGAAAACAUUUCAACCCUUCUGUGGCUCAAGGAGUAUCUUUAAAAAAGAAAUACUUUGCAGUCAGCAUUCUAUAGUGAAUAGUUCUCUCUUAAUUGUAAUCUGUGAAAUCCAAAGGAGUAUCUGUUAUUUUCAUAACAUAUAAAUGGUCUUUCUCUCAAAUCAACUUCAUCAAAUGGAAUAAACAAAAGCUUAAGGCUGCUUAAUAGACUUCAUAACACUGAAUUUCUUUUCAUCAUGAUAGUGACUUACUAAACAAAUAAUGUAUGGCUUGGCAAGUUCCAGCAGUUACUGAGGAGUUUUAUCUAUUUAAGGUGAUGCCUUUAAAGAGGUUAUUUGUGUGUGUGUGUGUGUGUUUCCAAAGGAGAUUGAUUAAAGAUAUGUUUGAGAAUCUUGCUCCUUAGAGUAUGAAACAUUUAAAGGAUAGGAAAAGCUGCUACUGAAUCAUGCUUUAGGACAUAUAUCUGUAGAUACUAAGAAUAACUAAAAUUUGUACUUAAAAAUGGUAACAACAAAGUCUGUAACAAUAUGUAUGUAUAUUAUAUGUUUUGUAUUUAUGUAUAAGUAAAAUUUUUUUAAAGCUUUUUUUUUUAAUUGAUGAAAGAAGAAAAUUUAUGGCUCAGUUCCUUUUUUAAAAAAUCUUCACUGAUCUUUCACUUAUUAAUACAAUCUUGCCUUCUUCCAUUCCCAGACUUGGAGUCCCUUAUACCUGCUUCUUUAAUAGCCACUUUUCCCUAAAUACCCUGUAAUUUCAGAGGCUACUUCUACCAGUGUAAUAUGAGCCAUUCUCUUUUGGUCAAAUCUGAGUUUGUUCUUUCUCAUGUUCUUUGUCUUUUCUGUGACAACUGUCUUUUAUCUUCCCGUCAGUUCCACAAUGAUGCUGCUCCUUCCUACAUAUACAGUUGACCCUUGAACGUUCGACACAAGUUCGAACUGUGCGGGACCACUUAUAUGUGGAUCUAAAAUACAGUAUUUGUGGGAUGCAAAAUCUGAGUAUAUGGAGGACUAACUUUUUGUAUAGGCAGGUUCCUCAGGGCCAAUCGCGGGACUUGAGUAUGUGCAGAUUUUGGUAUGCACAGGGGAUCCUGGAACCAAUCCAUUUCAGACUACCUCCUGCUUUCAUUUUCUACCCAGGGAAUACACUAUUGUCCCAAGUUAUUUAGCCUUGAAAUGUCAGAGGCAUUUUAGGUUCUUCGUUUUUCUCCCACUUUCAGUUGAUUACCAUUACAGGCUCUUAGGCUUCCUUUUUUCUUUUUGCAAUGCCUUGCAUCCACUGGUUUGUUGUUUGUUUUUUCUGUUGGGCACUACUUAUUUCCUUACCCCUGGUUUCCUCUCCUACACCUUAUGUUCUGAAAUGUGUAUUCCUAAAAUACUGUUUUCCUCUUGUUACUUUUCUGCUCAAGGACUUCUAGUAACUUCCCAUUGUUUAUAAGGUGAUGGUCAAACCCUUCAAUCUGGAGACUUUCUGCUACCUAUCUGACUGUACCUUUUAUCUUCAAGCUUAUCUAUUUCCAAACAAGAGGCUUGUUUAGCAGUUUUCUCUGAUUGCCAUGUUCAUCCUAUACUCAGCCUCAUUCAGUUUACAGUGUGGAAACUGUAUAGGACCUGUUUCCUAUAGAAAUUGAAGACACUUAAAUAGGAAGAAAAUUAAAAUACACAUUUGGAGACAUGAGUAUUCCAGUCAAAUAAUAUCUAUAAAAUACCAGAUAGAUUGGUAGGACAACAAAAGACGAUUGAAGGACAACAGUGAUGAAAGGACUUUAUUAGGCAUUUGGAUUUGGUUAUGAUUUAAAUUUCAAUUUAAUUAGAACGUUUCCAUGGCGAGGAAGGAAGCACGGAGGAUUGUGGAAAAGUCAUUCAGUAUUGAGUUCAUUUGCAUUAGAAGAAUUUCGUAGUUUAAAACUUGUAUAUCUAUACCUGUCCUUCGUAUGUUUUCUUCUUAAGCAUAUUCGACUUUUGCUACUUAAGCAUCUAUAUAAUAUUUGUGAGUCAGAUGUUUGUGGGUUUUCAUUACCUACUAUUAUUUUCUUCCAUGCUUUACAACAAAUUUUUUAAACUACCUUGUUCUUAAAUAAUUACAUGGACUUGUUUCCAUGUACUUUCACAGAAUCUUUGACAGCUAAAAUUAUAUGUUAUAUAAAAAUUUGACAAGCUUCUACAGUUGGGAAAAGCCUUUAGAAAUCUGCCUUCCCCAAACCGUACAUGUUAUCAUACCACUCAUAUCUCCCCAUGUCUGAAAGGUAAAUAGAUACAGAAACCUCAUCAAAAGUUGAAUCAUCUGUACUAAACCACUGCUUUUUUUAUCCAGACUUUUUAUAUAAAUCUUAUAUUUUCCAAAAAACUGAUCUUUUGCCUACCCCUCUUAGAGUUAAAAAUAUUGCCUUGUCAGGCAAGAGUAUAGUAUGCCAAUAUAAAUAAUAUGCUUUAUUUGGUUAGAAACAGUUGGUUUGGGAAGCUAGCAACAUAGCAUAUUUGUCACAAAUUUAAUAAGAUGUGUAUUUUGAUACUGUGAUAACCUGCAUUGUAAAUUACCAAAUGGUUGGAAUUGACCAGUUUAUACUCAAUAAAAUCUUUGUUGUGCCGAUGGCUGUCCAAUUCAUUGCAUUUGUGAAUUGUGCUUCUAGAAAAAUUGUAGACAUUUAAAUUUUAUAUACAUAUUUAUGACUUAUUUGUGCAUAUGAUAAAAAUAUAUAUAGUAAUAAAAGUAUAUAUUUAACUUA